GUAUGUACUGCGGUAUAAAGCGGCACAAGAUUCUCUGAGCGUAUAUUAUAUGUAUAAUAUAUGGACGUCUUGGUUUCAAUUUCAUCGAGGACAUUUCGAAAUAUUUACAAAUCAUUUGUUAUGCGAUAGCGCGCGCGCGACUAGAGUUUUACUUUUACAUAAGUACAUAACAUUUAAAAUAAUAUGUGUCUCCUAAGCCAACCGGCGUGUUAAAAAAAAAACCGGUCUCAUCCAGCGGGACUUGAGUAUAGUGUGUUAAGAUAACGAGUAUUGUACACAUAACACAUUGUGUACACCUGCCGACCCCUCGUCGAAAUAAGUAAUUGGACAAUAUCGUAUUAUAUAGUACAAUACACACAACACGAUCGUUAUAAACGUGCCGGACGUCGACUAAUAUACUUGUUGGACUGUAACACUGUAUCUGUACGUUUUUGAUGCAAGUCGAACCGACGACGCCACAACCGUAACCAAGGAACGUGAGUGCGAGUGAAGAGGCGUCGAAAUGAUCGUCACCACAGCGCUGCGAUGGGCUUGCUGUUUGAUCGUCGUGGUAAUACGAGGGCUCAACGGGCUCGACAAUGGGCUCGCGCUCACGCCACCGAUGGGAUGGCUUGCAUGGCAGCGUUACAGGUGCAUCACGGACUGCGAAGCGUAUCCCGACGACUGUGUCAACGAACAAUUGUUUAUGAGAGCAGCGGAUUUAUUAGUUAGCGAAGGUUACGCUGAUUUGGGUUAUAAUUACGUAAUAGUGGACGACUGUUGGUUGGCCAAGAACAGAUCGGCAGAUGGAAAAUUAGCAGCUGACAAAAAAAGGUUCCCAAGUGGUAUUAAAGCGUUAUCAGACUAUGUACAUUCUAAAGGUCUUAAGUUUGGAUUAUAUGAAGACUGGGGUACUAAAACAUGUGCAGGAUAUCCUGGAGUAUUGGGACACGAAGAGUUGGAUGCCAAGACAUUUGCAGAAUGGGAUGUUGACUAUGUCAAACUAGAUGGAUGUUAUUCAAACGUUAGACACAUGGAUAAAGGCUAUCCUGAAUUCGGGAGGCAUUUAAAUAACACCGGAAGACCUAUGGUGUAUUCAUGUAGUUGGCCAGCUUAUCAAGAAGAAAAAGGAAUGUUAAUUGACUAUGCAUCAAUGGCUAAACACUGCAAUCUUUGGCGUAACUACGAUGAUAUUGAUGACUCGUGGGAAAGUAUGAUCAAAAUUGCAGAUUAUUUUGCACAAAAACAAGAAUUUUGGGCGCAAUACGCUGGACCUGGACACUGGAAUGAUCCAGACAUGCUUUUAAUUGGUAAUUUUGGAUUAACAUACGAUCAAAGUAAAACACAGAUGGCCAUUUGGGCAGUACUGGCUGCUCCAUUACUGAUGUCAAAUAAAUUAAUAGAAGUACAACCACAAUUUAAAGAAAUUUUACAAAACAAAGAAGUUAUUAAAGUCAAUCAAGACUAUCUUGGUAUACAAGGCACUAGAGUUUUUAGGGAUAAGGGUAUUGAUAUUUGGACUAGAAAAAUUGAACCUUUUAAUGAUGGAUACUAUUCAUAUGCUGUAGCGUUUGUAAGUCGCCGUGUUGAUGGUGCACCAUACCCGUACAAUAUAACAUUAGAAGAUUUAGGUCUAAAAAAUCCUAAUGGUUAUUCAAUCACUAACCUCUACGGAAAAGAUAAAAGUCCAGCCCCAUGUAUUUAUAAACCAAACGAUCCAGUUAAAGUUCGAGUUAUUCCUUCAGGAGUGGUUUUUUUACGAAUGAACAUAGACGAUUCAAACAAACCAUGUAAAGAUAACAGCAGAAGUCAGUUCUUCAAGUGAUAAAUAAGAAUAUUCCAAGGCAAUAUAAAUAAAUAAUACAUAUUUUUAGAUUGUAAACUUUAUAUUUUUAAAAUAUUAUUUACUUAAUAACUUGUUGGCUUAACAAAAAAUAUGCUUUAGAUUUUGCUCAAUAAUAUGUAUGUUAACAAAACAAAUUACAAACUCUUAAGAUACAUUAUAUGUAUAGGUUUUAUUAUUUAUAGUUAUUGUGACAAUUAAAGAUCGUACUUGUUUUAUAUUUCUGGAACACUGGAAUUCUCCAACAAGUAUAUCACCUAAAAAAUAAAUUAGCAUAUGUAUUACUAGUAAGCAUAUAAUAUUAUUUUGAAUUAUCAAUAAUAAAUUUUAACCAACAUAACUAUCUAUUACCUAUUGGUUAAUAUUAUAAGUGUUGCAAAAAUAACAUCAUCAAAAUCCAAAUUACAAUUAAUUAUUAUAAAUUUAUUUACAAACUUUUAUUAAAGUUUUUAUACUAUUUUCUUUUAGAAAACAUUUAACAUAGUGAUUAAUAAUUAUAUAAAUGUAUCAUUUGUGUGUUAAAAAUGUUUUUUUUUUUUAAGUUCAUAGCAAUACUAUUAUAGUUUUAAAUGGUUUAGUUUAGUUAUGCUAGUUAGAAAAAUGAUAAUAAUUUUUUAAUAGAAAAAUAUGUAUUGUACAAUAUAAAAACUAAUAUGAAUGAAUAUUGACUUUAGUCGUUCAAAAAUUAAAUUUUAAAAUCUGAUUCAAAUGUUCAACGACUAAUUUUUAACAAUAAGGACUAACAAACAAUUGUAUAGCAAUUAAUGUAAGUUAAAAUAGUUCAUUAUUAAAAUGAAUCUCUAUUUUUGUAAACCAA